UGUUGUGUGUUGAGUUUGAAUUUAGAUUACAGAUGUGAAGGUUUAAGGAGAGGGCUGUGAUUUUAUUCUUCCUUCUUUUUUCUCUUUUAAAAUCAAUGCUAGCUCCUUAGGAGAAUCUUGGGGUGCACAGCAGUUGUGAAGGCUGCCAGACGGUUCUGCCUUUCAUCACCGCCUCAAGCUCCCCCUGUUGGCGGCCCGGCCUCAGGAAGAAAUCAUGGCAAAGGCUCUGACCUCAGUGCACAGUAACUCCCAGUAUCUGUGCCUUUUGGUUCUACUGAUCUGUCUGGGGACCACUCUGCUGGCUGAUAUACACUCUCUUAGUUGUGAUGUCAUUGUCAAGUCUCAUACCACACCUGGGCAGUCCUGGUGUGAAGGGCAGUGCUCAGUGGAUGGAGAGCCUCUCCUGCAGUAUGAUAAUGACAACAGAGCCACACCGUUGGGAGACCUGGGGAAAGCGGUAAAUGCUACUCCUGUGUGGACAGAUUUUGUGCAAAAGCUGGAGUACUUGGGGCAAGAGCUCAGGAAGAUGUUGGCUCACACCAAACUAGGAUCAACCAAGAUCAGUGGUCAGCCCACUUUACAGGCCACCAUGCUUUCUCUGUAUGAACAUGAACAAAUUGUUGUUGCCUCCUGGAGAUUUAACAUCAGUGGAAAGUACUCCUUCAUCUUCAACACAAUGAAUAUGAAUUGGACACUGACUGAUCCUGAAGCUGGUGGUAUCAUGAAUACAUGGAAGGAAGAUGAACAAUUAAUAAAAGAUCUCACGACAAUCUCCACAGCAGACUGCAGGCACUGGCUCAAGGAACUCUUCAAGCACCAGAAGGAAAAGCCAAGACCAACAUCAAGGACCCCAGAUAUCACCCAGCUUCCCUCUACCAGUCAGUUCUUCAGUAAGGGAGAAUCUACAGUCACAGUAGUACUCAUUCCCAUCCUCAUCCUGUCUGUCAGUUUUUGCAUUUGCAUUUACACGUGUGUGAAGAGGAAUUCUUUCCAAGGAGACAGAAACCUUCAGCUGCCCAUGAACUGUCCCAUCAACUCUUACAAGCCACAGAGGAAAGAGAGAUUAAUGGAGUCAAAUGGAGAGUUACCCAAUCAGGCCACCCAAAUGUUGUCUCAGGAUCAUAAGCCUGAGGUAUGAAGGUAAAAGCAUUCACUAAACCAGACAUCUAUAUCCCCACAUCCAAGAGUCAGGAAAC